AAAAUUGUUAAAAAUAAGAAAGAGAACAAUGUCAUGAUUUAAAACCCGCCCUAUAAUUUGAUACUCUUUUAUGAUUCUUUAUACCAAUUUAUACUCAUUUAAUUUUGUAAAUUACAUAUACUAAUAUGUAAAAAAAUUCAUUUGACGAAAUUUGCUAUUAUACAUUUUUCUGUCAUAAAAUUUGAGGAAUCUAUUUUUAUUGUAUUUUCAACAUUACCGAUGUAGCAAAAAAUAAAAUUAUGCUACUAGUAAUGAUCGAAAUUAAAAACUGGAUAUGAUUCUGAAAUUACAGUAUCAGCUAUAGAGUAUCACACUGACGCACACUGACAUGAUAUGUACUAUGUAUAUUAACUUUGUUUAUAUGAAAGACGGUUAGAAAUUUUUCUUUUGUUUUUUGUUUGUUUAGUUAUAAACAUGUGUAUAUAGUGCGAAAACUUUAGACAACUUUUAGGAUAUUAUUACAAGAUUUAAAUGAAAUCAAUUUAAUACAGAUUUUAUGACAAUUCUUCGUUUAGUAUAUUUAAACACUCUUUGUUAUAAAAUUAAAAAAAUAUACAGUGUUUGAUUGAUAAGCAGUGAUAAAAAUUGAAAUUUAAAUACGUUAUAAUUUCAUCGAAUUACAUUAAUAGUAUCUUCACAUCGUAUUAAAAACAUAAAUAUGAAUAUAAGUAUGUAUUAUGACUUGAAGAAUUGGUCAAUAUUUAGUUUAUUAGAAUCAAAAUUUAUAUCGAAUGUCCGUAUGGCUAUUGUAUAUGGUAAGGCAGCUAAUGAAACCUUAAUUGUAACAAAGGAUGAUAUGGUGUAUGGUAUAGGAAACAAUACCUAUGGAUGUCUUGGAACAGGUGAUACUCAUAGCACUAUUCAUCCAAAGAAAAUUGAGGCAUUAUGUGGUAAAGGCGUAAAAACUAUUGCAUAUGGCAAAGGUCCACAUGUCUUGGCUCUCACUGAGGAAGGAAAGGUAUAUUCAUGGGGUUAUAAUGAUUAUUGCGAAUUAGGAAACAGAUCUACCAACGAAUGUCUAACUCCAACACUUAUAUCGUCAGUAUUGAAUGAUGUAUUUGUUGUUGAUAUAGCCUGUGGGGGUCAUCAUUCUCUUGCACUAACGAGUAAAGGAGAGAUAUAUGCAUGGGGUCACAAUGUAUCUGGACAAGUAGGUUGUGGUACUAUCCUUAGUACAGUUCAACCUAUACCAAAAUUGCUGCAUAUUGCAUUAAAUGGCAAGAAAGUUGUUCACAUUAGUUGUGGAGACUCAUCCAGCGUAGCGGUUAUGGAUAAUGGAGAAGUUUAUAGUUGGGGUCAUAAUGGUGUUGGUCAACUAGGAAUUGGAAAUUGUACUAGUCAAGUAGAGCCGCAAAAAGUAACGACAUUUGCAAAAAUAGUAAUAGAAAAAGUAGUUUGCGGUUACAUGCAUACUUUAGCAUUGAGUGAUGAAGGUGUUCUUUAUGUUUGGGGAGCUAACAGUUAUGGGCAAUUAGGUCUUAAUACAGACUCAAAUGUUUGGACACCAAGAAAGCUGCAAAUACCCGAAAUGGGAAGAAUAUUAGACAUAGCAACUUCGCAUUAUCAUCACAUAAGUCUGGCUAUGUGUGAAGGCAAUCGGAUAUUUAUGUGGGGUCAGUGUCUAGGUCAGAGUAUUAAAGUUCCAAUACUCACUCCACUAAAAUGUUUGUAUGAUGCUCUUGCAUAUUAUGCGUUUCCACCCGUCAUGCAUCAGCCACUUAUUUUUCACAAUGAUGAAGAAGCAAAUAUAGCAAAUAGUCUAAGAAAUGCCUUUGAUGAUCCAACCACUAGCGAUCUUGUAAUUCAAGUACAUGGAAAACCCAUUCAUGUACACAAAGCUGUUUUGAAGAUACGCUGCCAUUACUUCAGAACAAUGUUUCAAGAGCAUUGGGUAGAAAAUAGCCAAAGUAUUAUAGAGCAUGAACAAUUUUCCUAUGACGUAUACAAAACUUUCUUGAAAUACUUAUAUACUAAUGAAGUUGAUUUAUCACAAGAAAAUGCAUUAGAACUUUUAGAUUUAGCUAAUGUUUAUUCUGAAAAUCAGUUAAAACGACAUUGUAUACAAAUGAUAAAUAGAAAGAUAACGGUUACAAAUGUCGCUUAUCUAUACAGCAUAUCUAUUCAAUACAGUGCUAAGGAAUUAGAAGAAUAUUGUUUUAAAUUUGCCUUAAACCACAUGACUGCAGUAGUACAGACAGAGGAUUUUGCGAAACUAGAUGAGAGUACAAUGAAAACUUUCAUAGUUAGAGCUGCUCAAGCGGGUAUUUUUAAAACUUAUUUCUUAGACUCGAAUCAUGUUUCAAAAAUUCAUAUGGCACUUGUAUAUGGUGAUUUAGGUAAUGAAGCUUUAAUUAUAACAAGGGAUAAAAUAGUAUAUGCUCUAGGAAGUAACACUUCUGGGUGUCUUGGAACUGGGGAUGCUUGUAAUACUUUUUAUCCGAAGAAAGUCGAAGCAUUAUGUGGUAAGGAUAUAAAAACUUUUGCAUAUGGUAAAGGUCCACACGUCUUGGCUCUUACUGAGGAAGGAAAGGUAUAUUCAUGGGGACAUAACAGUCACGGUGAACUAGGAAAUUGUUCUACCAAUCAUAUGAUUCCAAUGCCUGUAACAAGGAAUUUAAAUGAUGAAUUUAUUGUCGAUAUAGCCUGCGGGAGUCAUCACUCUCUUGCAUUAACGAACGAAGGAAAGGUGUAUGCAUGGGGUGAAAAUACAUCUGGCCAAGUAGGUAAAAGUGUUAACAUAAAUGAAAAUACACCUAUGAAAGUGAAUUCCACAUUAGCUAGCAAAACAGUCAUUUGUAUUAGCUGCUGUCAGUCAUCGAGCAUGACAGUUACAGAUACUGGAAAAGUUUAUGGUUGGGGUUGUAACGAUGUUGGUCAAUUAGGAAUUGGAAAUUAUGUUAAUCAAGUGGAUCCCUGUAAAGUCACAAUGCUUAUUGGUGUUGUAAUUGAAAAAAUAGUUUGUGGUUAUGCACAUGUUUUGGCAUUGAGUAACAAAGGAGCAUUAUAUGUCUGGGGUGGAAAUAAUUAUGGACAGUUAGGGCUUGGCAUGAAGACGAAUAUCUGUAGUCCAGUACAGUUGAAACAAGAAGUGAUGGGAAGAGUAUUGGAUGUAGCAACUUCACAUUACAAUCACAUAAGCAUAGCUAUGGCAGAAGGUAAUCGGAUAUUUAUGUGGGGCGAGUGUUUGGGACAAAGUAUCACACUUCCGGUACUCACUAAUUUAGGAUCCUUACAUGACGUUUUCGCGCGUUAUGCAUCACCUAGCGUUAUGCAUCAACCACUUGUUCUUCAUAACGAAGAACCAGACGUGAGUUUAAUAGAUUGUUUCAGAGAAGCAUUUAACGAUCAGACUACGAGUGAUCUCGUGAUACAAGUACGAAAAAAAUUUAUUUACGUGCACAAAGCUAUUUUAGUAAUACGUUCUCAAUACUUCCGAACGAUGUUUCAAGAAACAUUGACCGCAAAUAAUCAGAGUGUUAUAAAACAACAAAAAUUUUCUUACGAUGUAUACAAAGCUUAUUUGAAGUAUUUGUACACUGACGAAAUCGAUUUACCUCUGGAAAGUAUACUAGAACUUUUGAAACUAGCGGUUGCUUAUUCGGAAAAUCAAUUAAAAAAUCGCUGCAUACAAAUAAUAAGAAGAGGAAUUACAGUUGAAAACGCUGCUUUUUGCUACAGUAUAGCCAUUGACUACAAUGCUAAGGAAUCGGAGGAAUACUGUUUCAAAUUUGCGCUAAAUCACAUGACUGCCGUAGUACAAACAGCGAGUUUUGCUAAAUUAGAUGAAUAUACGAUGAAAACCUUCAUAAUUAAAGCUGCAAAUGCUGGUGCUUUUAAAACAUAGUUUGUAAUAUAUUAUAAUUAUAUAUAAUGUAAUAUAUUAAUUCUAUUGUGAUAAUAAAUAUUAUACAACAUUUAACUGUUUCGUGCUAGAAAAAUUUGUUAAACACUGUACCUAAUACACAUUACUUGCGAUGAUAAGGUGAUUGCAACAUGGGGUUUCAUACGAUUAGAUUUUUCAUUGUAGUAUAUUAUUUGUGCAUAGAAUCUAAAAUAAACGUUUAUUAUUUACGUCAA